UGCGCAUGCAUACGUAAUGCCAUUCUCUAGCGAGCAGUGUUUGUUUUAAUAACUAGAUAAACACACUACUUAUUAACUAGAUAAAUAUAGCACAAAUAAUAUAAACUAGAACGGAAAGACUAGAAUUUCAGUCUAUACAGUGCCUUUUUUUCGGAGUGGUUUAAAAAAUUAAAAAUGACCAUAGAUAUAUCCACGAUCGGGUCUGAAAAAAUCAAGAAUUUGCACACUGGAGAGGUCUUGCGUUCUCUUUCACUAUUUCGUCCCUUUAAAUCAAACGAGGAUUUUUUGUCCAAGACGGUAGAAAUAGGCAGCCUAUGGAAGAACCAAAAUGUCGUCAUUAUUUUCUUUCGCCGAUGGGGCUGCGUGUUUUGUAGGCUUUGGGCUAAAGAGUUAGGCGAGAUUUCGCAUGUUCUCAAAGAACAUAACAUCAAACUGAUUGGUAUCGGAGUAGAAGAAGAAAAUUCUGAGGAUUUCAUCCAAGGGAACUUCUUUGAUGGAGAUCUAUACUGCGUAGAAGAUCUGUCUACUUACAAGAAGUUGGGUUUCAAGAGGUUCAACACGGUAACAAUAUUAACCUCGUUGUUUUGGAAGCAGUCGCGUAAGGCGAUGAGCAAGAGUUCUAGCAUGGAUCUGGGUGGUGAUCUCAAAGGAGACUGGGUGCAAACUGGUGGGGCACUUCUCGUGAAAGAGGGGGGGAAGGACGUCCACCAUUUCAUCCAAACCGGUCCAGCCGAUCACAUGGAUAACGUCGAUAUAUUGAAGCAUUUCGGUCUGGAAGACGAGUAUGUUCCAGAGACGAUGGCCAACCAAUCCAGGGACGAUGUACAGUGUUCCCGUAACUAAAAACCAUUAGAUUUAGAACACAGGCAGUUAAUAACGUUACAGCCUACAUGGAAGAGUAAAAUUAUUUUUACAGUGGUAAAUUAG